AUGGUCCUCCAUCUGCUGGGCAAAACUGCCGCUCAAGCCAGAGAGGAAGAGGCAGACCGCCGAAUGGAUCAGGAGGACGCUGCUCGACGCAUAGCUAUUCUGCGAAAUGAAGUCCCACCGCCAGUAACAGCGCCAUCGUCUCCACCAGAGAAAAGUGCUGGUGCUCGCCCGUCUCGAUAUGGUGAUGACGGUCGAGAUCGCAAACGAAGACGUUUGAGGGGCGAGGAUGAUACCGACAGAGACAUGCGUAUUGCCAGAGAAGACGCCGCUAUUGGUGCUGCUGCUCGUGAAAAGCUGAACCAAAACAAAGUGGAAAAGCAUGAGGACAACAUGUCUUUGACAGACCAUUCUGGUCAUAUUCAGCUUUUCGCAGCACCCAACGAACGUGAUCUGCUAGCCAACUCUCGCAAUGCCGAAGCAGAAGCUGAAAAGGCGAGGAAGGCACGUGAGUAUGAAGAUCAGUAUACCAUGCGAUUUUCCAAUGCGGCAGGGUACAAACAGUCGGCAUCUUCGGCCCCUUGGUAUGUUUCAUCGAGCAAACAAGAUCCCGAGAUUCAGGAAUCGAGUAAGGACGUCUGGGGAAACGAGGACCCAAGGCGUAGGGACAGGGAGCAAACAAGGUUGACUUCCAAUGAUCCAAUGGCAUUCAUGCGCAAAGCACAGACACAGCUCAGGCAAGCUGAGACAGACAAAGAGAAGUGGAAGGUACAGAAGGAACGAGAACUGAGAGAGUUGCACCAAGCUGAGAAAGAAGGAAGACGGAGGAGGAGAGAGCUUCGACACAAACGUGAUCAUAGGGAGAGACGUCAGAGCGUGGGUAGUCUUGAGGGUUUCUCACUGGACAACCAUGAGAAAGAAGAAACAGGCGACCCUCGCGACAAGAGGGACUCGAACAGGCGGUAUAGAAGCCGAAGUCGAGAUAGGGAUCACAGACACUCUUCGCACCGAGCACAUCGUCGGCGAUCAAGGAGUCCUAUCAGGAGAUCUAAGGUAUAA